AUGAACACGGAGAACAUUGAGAUCUUUGGAUCAGUAUUUUUUCCAGUCUUUUAUUGUGUGGUAUUCAUGUUCCGCUUGGUGGGAAACAGCUUGGUCAUCUGUGUUCUGGUAGUUUGCAAGAAACACCAGCUAAGUUAUGUCUUUUUGGAGAACUUCGCCGUCUCUGGCCUGCUUUAUGUUUUCUCCCCACCCUUCCUGGCUCAUUAUGCUUCAGGCCAAUGGACUUUUGGAAAUGCAAUGUGUAAAAUAAUAUGUGGAAUUUACUACAUUGGCUUCUACAGCAGCAUAUUCUUCAUAACCCUAAUGAGUAUAGAUAGGUAUUUAGCUAUCGUCCAUGCUGUGUACGCUCGGAAAGUUCGAACAACUAUGCUGAGCAUUGUUAUAAGCCUCGCUGUUUGGUCAGUGGCCAUUUUAGCUUCAGUACCAAAUAUUUUAUUCAUCCAAGAAUUUAAUGAAGAUGGCAUUAUGAAAUGUGCAUCUUAUUACCAGUAUAAGGACUAUUGGAAACUUUUAAUCAAUUUUGAAGUGAAUAUAAUGGACUUCCUGAUCCCAUUUGGCGCACUCAUUUUCUGUUACUCCCACAUCUUGUAAAACCUGCAGAGAUGCAUGAACCGAAACAACUUAAAGCUGGUUUUCUUGGCUGUAGUUGUGUCUUUCCUCUUCUGGACGCCCUUCAACAUAGUGAUUUUUCUGGUUUCUUUGCAAAGCCUGCACAUCAUAGAUGACUGCGAGAUGAGCAAAAGCCUAGACCUGUCCCUGCAGGUAACUGAAACCAUCUCCUUCAUCCACUGCUGCCUGAACCCAGUGAUCUAUGCUUUUGUGGGUGAAAAGUUCAAGAAAUACCUUCAUGAAAUAUUCCAAAUACAUGUAUGA